UCUCUCUCGUCUCUCUCUCUCUCUCUCUCUCUCUCUCUCUCUCUCUCUUUUCUUCUCUUCUCUACUAUCAUUCUCUCUAUUAUUAACCAGGGUAAUAUUUAGAGAAAUUUAGAAAGAAAAAAGAAAGUAGAGAAGAUGACGUUAAAAUCAGCAGAACUUCCAGAUUGUAAUCUGUAUCCAAAUCAACCGAUUAUAGUUGAGCCAAACGCACCAACUCCAAAGCAUACUCUGUACCUUACCAAUCUGGAUGACCAAAAGUUCCUCAGAUUCUCCAUCAAAUACCUCUAUCUUUACCAGAAAUCGGUCACCGUUAGCUCCGACACUUUGAAAAGAGCUCUCUCCAGAGUUCUCGUCGACUACUACCCUUUGGCCGGAAGGUUGAGGGCCGCCGAUGAUCAGAAGCUCGAGGUUGAUUGUAAUGCCCAAGGUGCCCUCUUUGUUGAAGCAUUUAUGGAUAUCACUGCAGAUGACUUUCUCCAGUUUUCUCUGAAGCCAAACAGGUCUUGGAGGAAACUCUUGUAUAGGGUUGAUGCCCUCACUUUCUUGGAUGUUCCUCCUCUUAUUGUUCAGGUGACGAAUCUCCGUUGUGGAGGAAUGAUAGUGUGCACCGCCAUCAAUCACUGCAUCUGCGACGGAAUCGGUACGUCACAGUUCCUACACGCGUGGGCCCACCAUACAGCUAAAGAGAAUCUCGAUCUACCAAUCGCACCGCUCCACUCUCGCCACGUGUUGAAACCCCGAAACCCCCCACAAAUGACCCUCCCUCACCCACAAUUUACGAAACAUGUCCCGAGUCCCAAGGACCCUUCUUCCCACGUCGACAUCUUCAACUUCCUCCAAUCUCAGCCCCUCCGCCCGGCUUCCUUUAUUUUCUCUCCAGCUCAUCUCCUCCGCCUCAAACGACAAUGCGUUCCGUCUCUCAAGUGCACCACCUUCGAAGCCCUCGCCUCUCACACGUGGCGCUCCUGGAUUCGCUCCCUUGACCUGUCACCCUCCCUCACCGUCAAGCUCCUUUUCUCUGUCAAUGUCAGGAAGAAGUUGAUCCCCGAGAUUCCUCAGGGGUAUUAUGGAAAUGGAUUCGUGUUGGGCUGCGCACUCUCUACCGUGAAGGACCUUGUCUCCGCCAACCUCCACCACGGAGUAAAAUCGGUCCAGAUUGCUAAGUCGGCUCUUGACGAUGGCUACGUGAGGUCCAUGAUCGAUCUUUUGGAGGACAAAACGCUUAAAACGGAUCUGUCGAUGAGUCUGGUGAUAUCGCAGUGGGCAAAGUUAGGGCUUGAGGAUUUGGAUUUCGGGAAAGGAAAGCCUCUGCAUAUGGGACCAUUAGCGAGUGAUGUUUACUGCUUGUUUUUGCCCGUUAUCGGCGACGUUAAUGCCGUUAGAGUGCUUGUUUCGGUGCCGGAGAGCGUCCUCGAGAAAUUUGAAUAUUACAUGAAUGAAUGUUUGGAUUAUAAAGAAGAAAACAAUGGCGAUCAUAACGGUAACGGGAACGGAAACGGAAACGGUUAUGGGAUUCAUCGAGAAAAUAAUAAUGGCUGAAUAUGAUUUUUGUUUUUCAGGGUGUGUACGUAUAAACUCCCUUACUGUAAUAAUUAGGUUUCUUAAUGGGAUAAACUAAUGUACUUUGCUCUAAAUUAAUGUUAACUUACCAGUUCUUAUUUUCACUUAA